AACCCGAACCCCUAAAUCCCCAAUCCCCAAUUCACCACCUUCUUCUCCCCUUCAAUCUUCAACCCGCAAUUGGCAACAUUUCUGUUCGAAGCCGGAGUCACUCUCUCUCACACACAUUUGAUUUGGAGGACGAAACAUACUCGAACUCCUAAUUCCUCCGUUGGAGCUACAGAUACAUAUCUUGCUGCUGCAAGGCCACUGGUGAUACCCACUUAAUUGUUAUCCCAAUCCAUAAACCAUGAAACUAGCUACUUUGUAUCGUCUUGCUUGUGGCCACCCAGUCGUGUGUCGAAAAACCAACCUUUUGCAGUACCGCUGCUUUCAACCUGACUUUGUUCCAAGAGAUCCCAAAUCCAAGCCUAAGAAAUACAAAUACCCGGAUGUCUAUGAGCCAUAUGGACCUAGACCACCACCUUCAGACAAAAUUGUUCAGCUUGCUGAAAAAAUUGCGGCCCUGCCUCUUGAAGAGCGAGUGAAAAUAGGUCCAAAUCUGCAUCUCAAGGUAAGCCAUCCCAAGCUGGUACCACUUGAUGUUGAAGGAGUGGAUGUGGGCAGCCAGGCCGGGGCACAUGCUGGAUCGUCCAAGGCUGAGGCAAAGAAGGCGGAGAAAACCACAUUUGAUAUCAAAUUAGAGAAAUUCGACGCAGGUGCUAAACUAAAAGUGAUUAAAGAGAUCCGUUCCUUUACAGAUCUGGGACUGAAGGAAGCUAAAGAUUUGGUGGAAAAAACACCCGUUAUAUUGAAGCAGCAGGUAACAAAGGAUGAGGCGAGUAGCAUUAUAGCGAAAAUCAAAGCGGUUGGUGGAGUUGCUGUGAUGGAGUAGAUUAGUGCUCUAUAUACUAUGUAUUCGAGUUCAACUUCUGGUAACAUAUUGCCACAACUUACGGAUCAACAUGAUGAAACCCUCGCCUACCUGAAUGCCAACGCCGCUUCAUUGUUCGAUCUCUUCCCAGCAUUGAAACAAGGAAGAUGCAAGAGAAAGGGGUCCACAAUGCUACUCCAUUUAGCGCUAAACAUACUUAUCAAUAAGUAACUAUUUUUAUUUAUUUAUGCAAUAAACCUAUAACAUGAGUAGUAAGAUAUCAGAUCAGUAUGUGGAUAACUAAAAUAUCAAAAAAUACACGUCACGCUGUUUGAAAA